AUGUCGACAUCCGGAGCCCUGACAGGAUACUACGUGGAUUCUCUAAUUCUCCCCGAAAGCAAUGAGCUGGCUGGGGCCCACUUUUCCCCUGGCACGGGGCUUUCUCAACACAUAAGGCAACCAUCUCUCACCACCGAGCACACGGAGCUCGGGCCCUGCACGUUCCCGAACAAACCCUCCGUGUUCGCCAGUUCGAACUGGAGCCAUGCAACGGCGGCAUUUCCGAGCGGCGCACCUUCAAUGUACCAUCCUCAUCCCCAGCCACAGUCUUCAGUGGGAGGAGAUUACAUACAGUCCUGGCUGCUGGACCCUGCAUCUGGAUCUCUGCCGGUCACUGGACUACCGACGGGCCGUAACCACUUCCCUGUGAAAACGGACGUACUAAACAACCGAGGGCCUGAUGCAUCUACGGGGUCUCAUGCCCCAUUCCUUUCAGGGGACUUCACCAACGGGGGAUAUUACACGGACACCAAGACCCUCUCCACUCAGCCCACAGAAACAGGCGGUGAGAACGAGGAGAAACCGAUCAUCGAUCCAGCGAUGAAGUCUUUCUUCCUUUACUUUUCCCCAGACAACCCCGUGUCCAACUGGCUUCACGCGAGCUCCACGCGAAAAAAGCGCUGCCCCUACACAAAGCACCAGAUCCUUGAGCUGGAGAAAGAGUUUCUUUUUAAUACUUACCUCACACGCGACCGUAGGUACGAGGUCGCCCGACUCUUAAAUCUCACAGAAAGGCAGGUAAAAAUCUGGUUCCAAAAUCGACGGAUGAAGAUGAAAAAGUUCAACAAGGAUGUCGCUAAAGACGAAUGA